CGCUCUGGCAGCGCCAACUUUUUGAUAACUCACAACCACCAAAGGAACUUUUAACGGUCGAGAUUGGGUCGCCUCAGAAAAGCAAAAGGAAGAGGAAAAAGGAACGGACAGCAUACACCUAGGUCGCCUGGAAAUUACAUAUACGCAGCGAUGGAGCGGCCGAAGUCUUCGAGCGGACAAACGUCGCUGUUCCAGGUCUAUCUGCGACUACGCCCGCCGAUCCAGAACAAACAUGAUGCCAAACAAGAGCCCUUUUUGUCCAUUGAGCCUCCUGAGGGCGAUGAGCCGUUUCCAACUCACAUCACAGUUCAGCCGCCGAACGAUGCGAGAAAACGGGCCGUGGAGAAAUUCGCAUUCACCAAAGUGUUCGAGGAAGAAGCUACACAGCUCGAUGUCUUUCAGGAGUCUGGCAUGCCAUCAUUGAUCAAUGCCGUGCUUUUGGAGAACAGGGAUAGCCUGGUGGCGACGCUGGGAGUCACAGGAAGUGGGAAGGUAGGCUGCAACAGGUUCCUGAACUAGUGAUUAUGAUAUUGAUGGCAUGCCUAUAUAGAGCCACACGAUCCUAGGAUCCAAGACGCAACGAGGUAUAACACAGAUGUCUCUUGAUAUUAUCUUUAGGUCUCUCGAAAAAACCAUACAAGUUCCGGACGAUGAAGCAGAGAAUCCUCUCCUCGAUUCCGUCGCAGCGUCAGAUCCGUCAGAAGCCCAGAUUUAUGCUGCAGACCACUUUCUUGAGAUGAUCUAUGGAGACGGAGAUCGAGGACGGAUUUCAAGAGCGCAGACACCAAUGUCCAGAUCUCAGACGCCCAUGGUAGGACAUUCAUCCCAACUCAGCAUCUCAGCACUAUUGGGGAAGAAUAUACAUACAUCGGCUUUAUCCCAUCCAGCACUUGAACAAAUACACCAAAAUACACAUAUAUACCCCUUUAUCCCUCAGCUUCCAACAUAUAUGUUUGAUCAUAAUCAAGACACAUCUUGGAGCUCAUGCAUAUCACCAAAGCUUCCCUCUCAAUUGCCUUUUUGGAACAGAAAUCACAGCAACACAGCAAAGAAUUUUACUAAAUCACAUCUCAAGGAUUCAUUCAUAGGAACAAGCUCGCGCCGCCCCCACCUCCCUCGAGUUAGCAUCUUACCACAAGACCCUGACACAAGUGGCAUUGAAAUCUCCGUCCCUGAAACCGAUGAGCAUGUUGUCCUUGUGUCGAUGUACGAAGUGUACAACGACAGAAUCUUUGACCUCCUAUCUCCAGCCAGCCAAGUUAACGGAACGCGAGCUGCAAAUAACCAGAAAGAUCGUCGACGACCCUUGCUUUUCAAAUCAACCGAAGGCUCAACAGACCGUAAAGUUGUUGCCGGGUUGCGGAAAGUUGUUUGCUCAACAUAUGAGGAAGCUUUGAUGGUCCUUGAGACAGGACUGACUGAGCGAAGAGUUACAGGUACAGGAAGCAACAGUGUCAGCUCUAGAAGCCACGGGUUCUUCUGUGUUGAAGUCAAAAAGAAAGUUGUGGAUAGGAGAUAUGGCCACGAAUCGUGGGCCGGACAUACAUUUACCAUUGUUGAUCUUGCAGGUAAGUUAUUACUUUAUAUGAGCGAGUAUGUAGAUAUACUAACUGCCGACAUAAGGUUCUGAGCGAGCAAGAAACGCAAAAACUGCUGGAGCCACGCUUGCGGAAGCUGGUAAAAUUAACGAAAGUCUGAUGUAUCUUGGGCAAUGUCUACAGAUGCAAUCAGAUCUCCAGGAUGGCAAUAAGGUACGUUUCGAUUGUAUAUACUUGCAUGGGGUUCAUCUAAUUUUGAAAUUAAUAGGCCCUCGUACCAUUCAGGCAGUGUAAACUCACAGAACUCCUGUUUUCAAAUUCUUUCCCAUCACCAAACAAUGCAUCGUCAAAUUCACAUCCAAGGAAUUCCCAAAGGGCCGUCAUGCUGGUAAUGGCCGACCCCUUAGGUGACUUCAACGCAACUUCUCAGAUGUUACGAUACUCUGCUCUCGCUAGAGAGGUUACUGUUCCAAGAAUUCCAUCUAUAACCAGCACGAUACUAUCUGCUCCUCCUAGCUCAGCUACGCCAAAGCCCGGCCCUGGCACCUCCAGUAAGGCACAAGCCGCUUAUGCAGACCAGCUAGAACUCGCGGCCUUGGAAAUUGCGCAGAUAAGUGAUGAAUAUGAAGCACUUGCUGUCAGAUUCUCUGAGGAACAAGCCCUGAGGAUUGAAGCAGAGUUCAAGCUCAAGGCUGCUGACGAGCGGUGUCUACUCAUUGAGCAAGACGUUCGAGAAGAAUGUUGGGCUGAAAUGGAAGAACGUAUGGACGAAGAGAAACGACGUUGGCAAGCUGCCUUGGAUGAAGAGACUUCUCGAAAUGAGAAUCAUC